AUGAUUCAUAGUCAUCCUACGUCGAUAUUUUGUAUAAUAGCGACAGAGUUUUGUGAACGAUUCUCCUUCUGCGGCCUGAGGACUAUCCUAUCGCUAUAUUUAAGGAACGUGCUAUGUCUCCACGAGAACGCUGCGACAGUAGUGUAUCACAUAUUUAUCAUGAUGUGUUAUACCAUGCCGUUGAUGGGCGCCAUAUUGGCAGACAAUUUCAUCGGAAGAUACAGGGUGAUAUUAUAUUUUUCAAUAAUAUACCUAAUCGGGACGGUGCUGACUUGCUGUUCUGCGAUACCGCCGCUUAUGUUACCUCCAACAACGACAUCAAUGAUUGGGUUGUUGCUCAUUGCAACCGGCACGGGCGGCAUCAAACCAUGCGUAGCUGCAUUCGGAGGUGACCAGUUCCGUUUACCAGAAGAGAACCAGUUACUUCAGAAGUUCUUCUCCACCUUCUAUUGUACUGUGAACCUGGGUGGGUUCAUGGGAAUGGUGGUCACGCCGGCGUUGCGCAGGAGUGUCAUGUGUUUUGGAGAUGAUGCGUGCUACGCGCUAGGAUUUGGAUUCCCUGCUUUACUUGUGCUUAUUUCUAUUGUGAUAUUUGUUGCGGGCAAGCCAUCGUAUAGAAUAAAGCAGCCACGUGACAAUGUGACGCUCAAGUUCAUUUCCUGCGCUUGGUACGCGAUCUGCAAGCGCUUCAAAUAUAACUCGGAAUCGGAUGGGAUGCCCAGGGAACAUUGGUUGGACUAUGCUGUCGAGAAAUAUGGUGAAAAACUGGUUGCUGAUAUGAAAGUGGUGUUUUCCAUACUAUAUCUCUACUUGCCAGUACCCAUAUUCUGGUCACUAUUUGACCAACAGGGUUCUCGUUGGACUUUUCAAGCUUCAAGGUUACGAAGUGAGGUCUUCGGCGUCACCUUAAUGCCGGACCAGCUGCAAGUGAUGAACCCUGCGAUGGUUCUUCUCAUGAUCCCGGUCUGUCCAGGAGGGGCCUGGCCUAUACUCCCAGAUAUGCCACCACUCCAGAAAAUGUUCAUCGGUGGAAUGCUAGCUGCAAUGGCAUUUGUUUCUGCUGGAAUCCUGCAAAUUGGCAUAGAGCGAUCCACAUUGCAAGUUCCUGGUCACCGUCAGACAGGUUUGGUGAUAAUGAACACGUUGGGUUGUCCGGUGGACAUGGCGAUCCGGGGUGAAGGUAUAGCGACGGUGGAGCAGCACGGCACGGCCCUCAUGACUCCCUUGCCCCACAAAGGUCUCACUGUCACAGCCACCAGCCCUGUGAACUGUGCUGGAAGAGUUAUGAAGAAGCAUAUCGCGAAAGAAGAAUUGAAAACAGUGGCUGGAAUGUUCAUGCCAGUUGUAAUUGGACAGAAUUCUGAUGAUCAAAUCGGCUUGUAUUUUAUGGAUCCGAAUCCUUUUGUGAAGUCGCUGACUGGGAAACCGAAGUUGAAAGUGGUUUACGUCGGUGAUACAGGACCGAAUAAAAACGUGUCGAUAGCCGUGGAAACUGAGAAGCGACUGAGUGACAUUUACUAUGUGUCGGAUGCCCCAGUUGACCAUAUUGGCGAGUCGGCAUACAUGUGUUUACAACCCGGCAAGUUUAGAUGGCGAGCGUUGAGUGCGGAUGGCGAAAUGUCAGGCUCUGGUGAGGGGUACCUUCGAGCUGGUGGAGUAUACGUGCUGUGCUUGAGAGAACGGCUCGGCAGGUUGGAUGCAGCAGUACUACAUGCACCCAAUCCUCCCAACGAGCUGCAUCUAGCCUGGAUAGUGCCACAAUAUCUGCUGGUCUCCGUUGCUGAGAUCAUGUUUGCUGUGUCGGGUCUUGAGUUUUCAUUUACACAGGCACCAAAAAGUAUGAAGACAAUAACCAUAGCUGCUUGGUACGUCUCAGUGGCGUUUGGAAACUUGAUCGUUAUUCUCGUUGCCCAGACCAAGAUAUUUCAGUCCAGGGCGACGGAAUUUUUCGUGUACGCCGGUAUGCUUGCUAUCGCAAUGUUGGUGUUCCUGCGGAUGGCACAAGACUACCACUCAAGAAAUAUCGACGCAGACGCCUCGUCCUCAGAAAGUCGCCCAUUGCUUCACCAUCGAUCCAAAGUGAUCUCAGUACAUUCGUUGUCGACGUCAAGUACUCGUGCCUUCGGCGGGACGGGCAGCAGUGCAGCUUCGUGUUUGGGCGUGAUGGAGCGCUCACGACCCGCGGCCUGGCCUCAGCGAGCAUACGUCCAUAUAGCCACGCCAAGCACUGCUGAACCCAAAGCUACUACACUAGCACAGGAAUAA